CAAGUCUCACUCAGUAGUCAGUACACACGAUGAAGUCGUGAAGUUAGCGAAAGUAGUGGAUUAACUAAAGUCAUCUGACGGAUGCCUCUUAUUACAGGCCGUGUUGAUGAAGUGUAAUUAAUACAUGGAUUUGGAUUUACUUUCGUUUGAAGAGGGUGUACAUGCGUGAGGAUAGAUAUAACGAUACCACAUUGAUGGAUUAGGCCUACUGUUUGAAAGUGCAAGGAAUGAAAUAGUGCAGGACUCAUAGCACGUGAUUAUAUAAUUAUUCUUAAAGCAUUGGGAAAGACAAUCAAAAUACAUAAUGCAAUAAAGGAGCAUUCAGUGAAAUUAACAAGCAGAAAAUGAAGACUGAUUAUGCAGUGAUUGCUCCUGAAAUAAAGGUAAAUUCGACAUGCACAAGAGAACAACACCUGCUGUAUUGCAUAUGAAGUGACCAGACCUUUUGCUAUAGGAUAAAGUGGAUGACUAACAUCAUGUCGGCUCCUGAAAAAAAGAAGGUUCUUCAGGCAUUGAAUAUUGUGCGACAAAAGUUUAGAGGGAAACAGAUGCUGGUUGCAGAUCUCCAAUCUGAGAACGCACUUCUGAAGAGACAUUUGUUUCUUGGGAACCGGGCAAAUGUAGCACAGAACAGUCCGGGCCCAGACUCACGUAGUGUGCCGCUUUCAAAUAACUUGGAGGCUAGCACUUCACAGCCCAGUACAAGUUUUCUAGUCUCCAGAGCUUUACGACAGUCAGAACAGUUACCCCCUAAUGUUUCUGUAUCUGGGCUACAGGUUCGCACUGAAGUGCAGCAAAGCCAAAAUAACCAAGUUCAGCUGACACAGCAGCUCCCUAUGACCUCCCUUUCACAAGCACAGACAUUACCUGCUCAGUCGUCUUUGCAGGUUGCGCCACAACAGCCAUCUCUAGCGACGGAUUUAGAAGAAAUUGAAUCAUUUAUUGUUACAAUACAACACCAGUUACAAGCAUCGCAGAGUGAAACAAAAAGUUCGCAGGCAGCUGUCAAUUCUAGACUAAGUCAGCAACCAAUUCAUAACUCUGGUAAACAUACUGAAGAUGUUGAAGUUACAUAUGUUGCUUCAAUGACAACAGUGCAAUCCCAUAAAAGAACUCAAACCCAGCAGCCAUUACCUAAACAAACAAACACUUCUACCAACAAUCUCCAGACAUUACAUUAUCCUGCACAGCAGCCUUCUCACAGUCCUCAGGGUCAAAAACAAUCACAUAGGAAUUCAGCUGAAAAUCUUCAGUUUCCGCAGCAUUCCCUGCUGCGGCAUAUUGUUCAGAGGUCUCACAACCCUGAGCAAGUACCUAAAAACACAACUCAGAAUAUUCAUGGACCACAGAAUUCUUCGCAGCAGCCAUUUGCACAAAGGCCUCAGAAUCUUCCGCAAAUUCAUCCAUCACAGCAUCCUCAGCAACCUCAUUUGCAAGGAAUCCAACAAGUAAAUAACAGUGGGGGUCAUAUGCAUCCACCACUGGGUUCUCAACAGCCCCUUGACCAAAGGAUUUGUAAUGCCAACCAAAUAGAAAGUCCUGCUAAUUAUAAUGUUCAGUCACAACAACAACAUCGGAACUGCACUUUUUUUCCGCAGCCAUCAUACAGAAACAGUAGUCAUCAUUUUCCACCCACACAGUAUUCACCACAGCAACAUUUUCAGAGGCCUCAAAAUCCUCAGAAUCUUCAACCAUCACACCAUUGUCAGAGUGGCAGAUCCACUCAAGACCACUCCAUUAGUCAACAAACUCUGCAAAAUCCACAAGUUCCACCACCACCAAAGCCAGUACAAAUUCAACCGACUCUUGGUCAGGCAAAUCAGGCUGCUUUACCAAGUUACCAACACAUAUUGGGAACAUUGCAGAGACCUCAGGAGUCUCCAGAUUACUCAUACCAAAAACUCAAUGAUGUUGGUCAGUCUCCACGUUUUCGAGCACCAUUGUUGCCCAAGCAAAGGUAUCAGCAACCUAAUACAUCAGCAAGAAAUAUUCAGGGAGCACCUUCUUCCAUCCAACAACUGCCAUCAAUUCAUGGGCUUGAACAGGCACACAUUGAUCAUCUUAAUCAGUUUAAUGCAUCUCAAAGAUCACCUAAUGGCAGCAAUUCUAAAAAUAUGCAUCCAAGUGGUGGUCAAGUUACGAGUACUGUGAAUUCUAUACCUUCAAAGAACACUUUUUCACAAUCCAACUCUCAAGAAUCUCCUGAACAGAACAGAGAGCAACAGGUGACUCAAACUCAAACUCCCCCUAUAAAUGUCCAGGAAAAUCGACAAAAUCUUCCAGUGACUGGAAUGGAGACCACUGAAACAAAUAUACAGUUGAGAAAUCAGCAAAAUUCUGGUUCUCUUGCAAAAUCAUCUACUGAGCUUACUCAUUCUUUCAAUCAAAAUAGGGAUCUAUCUGAUAUAAAGUUGCAGAAGAAACAGAGGGAAUUUUUGUCACAACCUGGUAUACAAAACGUGAGGGACAUUGAAGGACCUUUUGUAAAUAUUAUAAAGGAAGAACCAUUGAGUGAGAUGUCAGAAAAUUGUGUGGGAACAAAAAUAAGGACUAAGGACUCGCUCGAUGUUUCAGAAUUCUUUCAUCUUGAAGAAAUCACUGCUGUUCCUGCUGCCAAGAUUUCUCGCAGACCAGAGGUUGUUAGUGGUACUGAGAAGAGGGUUGCCUCUAGAGAAUCAAGUUUAGAAAGAAAUGUAGAUAUUCCUCCACAUGCUAUAAUAACACCCCCCCAAACUCCUCCAACACCCAUACCUUCAACAUCAGGGAGAAGUACAUCACCUGUGAUGAGCAUUAAUACCAUUCAGGUUAUGAAGAAAUUGUCUAGUCAGGAUUAUAACCGUACACAGCAGGUAAUGGUUGACUCAGACUUUACCUAUUGCAAAUUGGAGAAGAAUAAUGAAAACAGUAUAGCCAUUUCUAACACUGUUUCACAUGUAACUGAAGCUCCCAGUAAAAGUUUGCAGUCUCUAAGUGAUAUAUUUCUUGAAAGGAAAAAAUCAAGAGGGCCAGGUAGUUUUUUAAGUAGAUCUUUAACAGGAGAUAUAUCAGUUGAUGGUUCAGAAUUAGAAGGCAACAAAUCUACAACCCGAGAAAAAUGUUCACAAGAGUCAUCAGUUAAAUCCUCAUCUAAGAACAAGGAAAAUGGUCCAAAAGAAAUUGCAGGCCUUAAACAGCCCUCCGAUCUUCGCGCAGACCUUGCCACUGAUUUAUCCUCAACCAGUCCAGAUAAUGCUGGUUGGUUAGCCAAAUGCACAGAUAAGUCUAUCAAACUUUUACGUAACAACAAUGUUCUUGAGACAACCAAAAGGCAAGAUCAAGAAUUGACUUUCAGCUGUUCAGAAGAGGCAGACAAGACACAUGAGGAAUCACGUGUUUUGUUCAGUAACUCCAAAGAAGUGCAGUCUUGUGUUAUGCCAGAUAACUCUCAAAAAGAAAUUGCAGGUAUAGAGGGAGUAGGAACUUCUUCAGAAUUUUCAGCUGUAGAAUCCUUGGUAGUAUUUUCUACUAGCUCAUCAACAGUUUAUAAGUCUAAUGAAAAUAUAUCCCAAAAUAAGAAAAAUAUUGAAGAUUCACCGCAGCGUGUUAGGCAUAGUUCGGGCAAGAGAAGUUCUAGAGAUAAAGGUGAAAUAUCACGGACUGAAUAUGUAAUAGAGUCUGUAAAAUCUGAACCGGUGAAUAAGGGUCUUAAGAGUCUUAGUUUUUCUCAGCUAGAAAGUUCUUUGUCGGAACUCAAUGGUUUUGUGGAGUAUGUGCAUGUGACUGAUCACCGAGAGGAGCUUGAAAUAAUCUCACCCAGGAAAAUCAAAGGAGCUCGCGAUGGUCUGAAAGAUUUAGAAGUCAGUCCUCACGCGUCGGAUGUCCAGGAAGAAAAGUGGACCAUUCAAGAGAGUAGCGUGAAUAAUGACGACACUGAGAAGAGUGAUUACUUUUAUAAAAUAUUUCUUUGCACAGAUGAAGUUACUGGGAGGGUCACUAACCCAGAGGUCAUUCCUGAGUGUUGCCCAAUGUGUUAUACGGCCAUCUGUCCAUCAAGAAUCACAGUCAACACUGACACUUUUGAUAUGGUGACUGUUUGUAUAGGCUGUGAGUUAACUAUACUGAUGAGUUGGAUGGUAAAGGCAGACGCAGGCAUUAACAAAAGGCGUCCUGGUCCUAGAAGUAGAAGGCGUAUUGGCCCAAAACGUCUUAGGUGUAACACUGAACAGUGAAAAUCCCGUACAAAGAAAUGUUGAGUCUCAUUUAAUGGAUGUGAGGUAAAGUUUCAUAAAAGGUGGCAAAUAUUAAAAAAAGAAAAAAAAGAAAAGAAAAAAAAAACAUUCAAACGGUUGUUCUUAACAAUGUAUUAGUGUUGUUAUUGACGAGAUGCAUUUCUUUUUAAAAAGUUUCACAAAGUUGUCGGUCAUGGUAGACUUAAUCAGAAAUGUAAUGAUUAACUGGGGGCCAUAUGCAGCCUGGUGAUUUGUAAAUACAAUAUUCUUUAUCUGUAUCAGAUGCUGUAUAGUAUUUUAUACGUACAUUUACCAAUGUAGUAUAUUGUGCUGUUUGCCGCAGUGGGGCUCGUGUGAUAUUAUUCCUAGGUAUUUGUAAGAGAACUCAAGUUUUGCUCACAGGUGUGCCUAUAGGUUCAGUGGUCUGUUUAAGAAAAGAGCCCAAACUGUAAAUUUUCUUAUGUACGACCUCGACUUCAGGGUAUUUCUUUGUUGUAAGACUCAAAAUGCCGGUUAUGUCGUGUAAUUUGAUCUUAUUGUGCUCUGAGAUUAUUUUUGUACUUGUUGGUUUUAUGUGUAUAUUUAUGUACAUUUUUUUCAAUAAAUAAUUAUGUUUGAAA